GAGGAGAUGAGAGAAGAUAGAACCGGAGGAGGUUCAAAAACCAGAACGGUGUCGUCUUGCUGAUUUUGACUAAUAUUUAACUGGCAUUACUGAUAUAAAAUAUGACAUGUUAGUAUUGUCGCUUUCUUCAAAGGAGCAGAGGACGGAGGGAGAUGAAGAGUCAGCUUUCGACCUACGUUUCCUUCGCCGCGCGGUCUGGGAAUACAUUUUCUAUCUAUGAGUAUUCAGCUACUGCCUACUGCAUAAGAGAAUAACGUACAAUCGAGGGAUGAAUUCAAAUUGAAUCGAUUCAGACUCAAAUCUAUGUUUGAUUGAAAGAAUUAAACUCAAAUUAAAGUUUCAAUUUGAAAGUUUUGUUUCGAUUCGAAGAGCGGUGGAUGAUUUUUGGAUAAAACUCAUCUUCUGUAAUGAUUCUUUUUCGUCUCUUUGUCCAAAGAGUCAUCCUAUCACUGUUUACACCACUCAAUGAACUCAAUCUUAAACUUGAGUUUGCCAUUCCAAUUAUGAAUGAAACACAAACUGAAUCUUUAUUCAGAUUUGAUUCAAUUAAGAUUGAAUUGAAAUUGAGUUUAUCUGAAUUUGGAUUUGAACAAAUUCAAAACCAACCUCACAGAAUCCAAUUCGAGCUGUCGAGUCGAGCAGCUGGCGAGCUGCUUGAGCUCGCCCUAGUUUUUAAUCAAAAGCUAAAGGACACGGUGUCGUUUCACGUUUCAAUUAAAGAGUGAAAUUCUUUCUUCCUUUCGCGUUCGCGUAUUCUUCAUUUCUUCUGGCCAUCUGCUUUCUCAUCAGUCAUCAGGUCUCAUUUCUCCGUCCACUCCAUUAGUUCCACACUCACGCGUUCAUCUUCAUCAGUUCCAGUCCACUACAUCCAGUAUUCGAGCACUUCGUCAGUUGCUGUUACAUGUCAUCUCCGUCUUCAGCAACUCAAGCACCUCUGUUUGUCAAGCAUUCGCAUUCGACGACGGCGAGACGAGGACAUAUCAGGUUUGUUGUUUGUUUUUUAGUUUGCUUGAAUUUGUUAUUUGUUUACUGGAAUUUAUUGAACCCUAAUUUUGGAUUAGGGUUUCUAAUUUGGGGUUUUUGAUUCGUUUCUAAUUUUAUAAUUCUAUUGCGGAUGUAUAUAAAUCGGCUUGGUUUCUGCCUCUCUGCUUUUCCGUCCUCCUUCAAUUUGAUGUUGUCUUUGUCUUUAUGCCUUCUAUGUUACUGGAAUAUGACAUCAGAAAAAAUCGAAUCAUCCGGAGCAAAUCCAGCUUCAUCUCAAGCGUCUACAGCGAAAGCAAAGUCGGUGGAAAUUGAAGCACCUAUACCUAGUCAAAUGGUUGCAAUAGAUGAUUUGAAGGUUGAUAUGACAUCUAUAGAGGAUUUUGAUGCUUCAACUUCAAAUGAGGAAGAUGAAGCACAUGUAUGUUCUAAAGGAACAAUAGAAGCAGCACCUUUUUUUAUACCAUCUAAUAAGAGGAGAAAAACGAUAGAUGUUUUGGAGUGCUUUCCAGAGAAGAUGUUUGUUAAUGUUGGGGAUGCUAAAUCUAAUGUAUUCAAGUAUUGCAAAAGAAGGUUGAAAUUGCAAAAGGCCAAGGCUACUACCCAUUUAACACGACAUAUGACUCAAUGUGUUAAUAAGAAAAAAGCUUUGGGGAAGAAUGUUGUCGUGGGGGAACAAACAAUAUUGUGUUUUCAACCUUCAAACUUAGAGUUACCUAAUUGUUUUUCUACCUCGACUGUGUUAAAGACAAGCAUGAAAUAUGAGCAUUCCAAGGUUCGAAAGGCGUUAGCUCACUUGAUUAUGACAGCCGAAUUACCAAUUAAUAUAGUUGAGCGUGUUGAGUUCAAUAAUUUUUGUCGUGUACUUCAACCUCUUUACGAAAAAGUUGAAAGAAAACAAGUAAAAACUGAUUGCUUUAGAGUUUAUCAAGCAGAAUCUGUGAGGUUGAAGAAAACUUUUGAGGAGAUAACAAGGAUUAGUAUUACCACUGAUCUUUGGAAGUCGGAUACUCAAAAUAUUGAGUAUAUGAUAAUCACGGCACAUUGGGUGGACCAAUCAUGGUCUUUAAAUAAACGACUUAUAAAUUUUGUACACUUACCUCCGCCUAGGAGAGGGAUUGACAUUGCAUCAACAAUAUUUGAGUGUUUAAAGAGUUGGGAGAUUCACAAUAAGGUGCAAACUAUCACAAUGGACAAUGCUAGUGCAAAUGAUAGUUGCAUUAAAAGAUUAAAGGAAGAUUUUGAAAUGCAGAGACCAUUAUUGUGUGAUGGAAAACUAUUUCAUGUUCGGUGCACCGCCCAUAUCGUGAAUUUGUUAGUCCAGGAUGGGGUGGCUGUAAUAAAACCAAUCAUAGACAAUAUUCGAGAAAGUGUGAAGUUUAUACGAGCUAGUGAGGCAAGACAAAAAAUUUUUUCAAAUAUUGCUAUGCAAUGUGGAAUAAAAGAGAGAAAGUUAAUAUUGGAUUAUCCUACCAGAUGGAAUAGUACAUACAAAAUGCUAACUACAGCACUACAGUUUAAAGAUGUUUUUCCUCGUUAUAUGUUCGUUGACUCAAAUUAUACUUAUUGCCCGACGAGGGAAGAGUGGGAUAGAUUGGAAGUUGUUUGUGACUUUUUAGAAAUUUUUGAUGUUAUAACAAAAUUAAUAUCUGGGUCACAAUAUACAACUUCAAAUAGGUAUUUCAUGGAAGUAUUUAGAAUAAAAGAAAUCCUCAAAGAGCGGGAAUUCGAUGAAGAUCGUGCUAUAUCAAAGAUGGUGAGUGCAAUGUCAGAAAAAUUUAACAAGUAUUGGGGCAACGUGAAUUUCCUUAUGGCAAUUGCUAGCAUCAUGGAUCCUCGGAUAAAGUUCCUUAUGAUUACUUUGGCAUUUCCCAUUUUAUAUGGUGAAGAAAAUGCCCCUGGGGAGAUAGAAAAUGUCAAAAGAAAUUUAGAAAAGUUAUACAAUGAAUACGUUGAUAUUAUGUCCUCGGAAAAUCCAUCUACUACAUCUGCACCUUCACAAUAUCAGACAAGGACACAACAAACACCAUCAACUAUAUUAGGCAAUUCAUCAAGCUCUCGAUCUUUUCAGAGUAGACGUUAUGAGUCUGGAUAUAGUUGGUUGCGUUUGAAGGAACAUAAAGAGAGAACACAUUCAAAAGCAACUAUAAAGUCCGAAUUGGAAAUAUAUUUUGAAGAACGUAGUAUUGAGAUACCUGAGGAUGUUGACUCAGGAGACUUCAAUGUACUUCACUGGUGGAGAGACAAUCAAUAUAAAUAUAAAGUACUUUCGCGAAUGGCAGCCGAUAUCUUAACGAUUCCCAUUUCAACAGUGGCCUCUGAGAGCACAUUCAGUGCUGGUAAUAGAGUGAUUGACACUUAUAAAUCAUCCUUAUCACCUGAAACAGUUAAUAUGCUUAUGUGUGGAGCUGAUUGGAUGAGAGCACUUUAUAAUAGUAAAAAACAAGAUCAGAUGAGAGAUGAAGUUGAGGAUGUUGAGCUUAUCCUGCCGGAUAAAUGAAGAUAGAAGGUUUGAUGGAGAUGGGUGCAUGAAUUUCUGUUUUAUUUAUAGUAAGAUAUGGAACAUUAGUUCAUUUCAAUCCUAGUUUCAAGAAAGGGAAAAAUGUAUGUUAUUAUGGCUUUUAAGUGUUGGAUUGUCAAUUAUGUAAGGUUGAUUAGGCGAAAAGUAUUCUUUAUUUUGUAAAUGGAUAUUUUAGACCUGGUAAUAAAGGCUUUUUAUAUCAAUGAAUUCACAGCAUUGUUUCC